AUGAAGGGCCGGAAGUGCCUUGUUCUCGAUUUGGACGAGACGUUGGUACACAGUUCAUUUAAGAUACUGCAUCAAGCUGACUUCACAAUACCCGUGGAGAUUGAAGGCAAUUAUCAUAACGUCUAUGUCAUCAAGCGGCCCGGCGUCGAUCAGUUUAUGAAGAGGGUUGGAGAGCUAUACGAAGUGGUUGUUUUCACUGCCUCGGUUUCUAAGGGCAACUACGUCAAGGACCUUUCACAAGUCGGACGGGACCUGAAGGACACUAUCAUAAUCGACAACUCCCCUACCUCUUACAUUUUCCAUCCUCAGCAUGCCGUCCCUAUCAGCAGCUGGUUUUCAGAUGCUCACGACAACGAGCUUCUAGAUCUCAUCCCAGUUCUCGAAGACCUGGCUGGCUCCAACGUUCAGGAUGUCAGCCUCGUUCUAGAUGUCACUCUUUGA